GCAUUUUCCCAUUGAAUGCGUGAAAAGAGUAAACAAACAGUCGAUUGAAUCCAACCUUUAGUUUAAUAUUGUUUGGACACAAGAAGUGGAAGAAUGGGCGGUGUCUUCACCAAAGAUCACUUCGAUUUGCAGCACUUAUCGCUUCCACUCAAACGACUGCCUCUUCACGAGUAUCCGUCUGAUCGCGAAGAGUCACCCUAUGAUCCGCUCUACGGCUUCCCCAAUGGCCGCAAACCCAGAGUGAUGGCGGCGACCGAAGAGGAGAUGGAUUCGGCAAAACUGGAUCCGCCGAAGCGUGACUAUUGCGCCCAUCGGCUGAUGGAGUUCAGGGGUUGUAUGAAAUGCAAUAUGCCUUUCGUGUUGCGGUGUCAGCACGAGUUGCACGCCUACCACGACUGCCAGUGGGAGGAUCAGGUCCUCCGCAUGAAGGAGUGGGAGCGCGAGAAGAGACUCAGACAACGCGACUAUCGGCGCGAACAGAAGGCCAAACGCGAGACAAUCGCAACCCUCGCCGUCCGUUUGGUGGCCACAGAUGUGCCGAACAUGUCUUCGACGGACACCAAAAGCAAACCCAAGAUAAAGACUAAAAGUACGGGAAGUGUCAGCAAAAGGCGUUCAAUCGAUGGCAACGACACCACCGAUGAUGAGCGACACAUGUGGUGGUGGUUAGCCUUUGUCUCCAUAACCGCCCUCUCGUUCGGGACCCGACUCUACAAGAUAUCGGAACCGAAUCACGUCUGUUGGGAUGAGACCCACUUCGGAAAGAUGGGCAGUUGGUAUAUCAACCACACCUUCUUCUUCGACGUUCAUCCGCCGCUCGGAAAGAUGCUGAUCGGUUUGGCGGGACAUCUGACCGGAUAUAACGGUACGUUUGCGUUCAACAAACCCGGAGACAAAUACAUGGAUCAGCCGUAUGUCGGGAUGCGAUUGUUUUGUGUCACUUUAGGCGCUCUCAUAAUUCCCAUGUGUUUUGUGAUCGUUUGGAAACUCUCGCAAUCCAUCACUUCCUCCACAAUGGCAUCGCUUUUCAUUAUUUUUGACGUCGGAAUGAUAACACUCUCGCAGUACAUACUUCUGGAUCCGAUUCUCAUGUUUUUUAUAAUCAGUUCCGUUUUGGGAAGCGUUAUGUUUGGCUCAUUGAGUGGUCAGCCAUUCGGCAAAAUGUGGUGGUUUUGGUUGUCGUGGACGGGAGUAUUCCUCUCCUGUGCCAUAAGUGUCAAAUUCGUCGGUCUUUUUGUUAUAUGUGUGGUCGGCGUUCAGACAAUCGCCGAUUUGUGGGAACUCUACGGCAAUCUCUCGAAUCCGUUAUCACUUGUGGUGAAGCAUCUGUUGGCCAGA